ACGGCGCCGUAAAGCAGCUCGGCAGAGCAGACGGCUGCGGUUCCUGGUGAGACCCUACCCACCCCCCUGCCCGCGCCGGGCCUAGUCCGCUCCCCGGCCCCUUCCCCGCGGGCGUGUGGGUCCCGGGCUGGGGUCUCGGCGUCCGCGAGCCCGAGCCCGCUCGCUUCGGCCCCCCUCAGGAGGCUGCGAGGAGGGUGGGUUUCUCCCCAGUGUAGAGGGUGGCGGCGGCAUGGAGGCGCGCUUCACGCGCGGGAAGUCGGCGCUGCUGGAGCGCGCGCUGGCGCGGCCGCGCACCGAGGUAAGCCUGAGCGCCUUCGCACUGCUGUUCUCCGAGCUGGUACAGCACUGCCAGAGCCGCGUCUUCUCCGUGGCCGAGCUGCAGGCGCGCCUGGCCGCGCUGGGCCGCCAGGUGGGCGCGCGCGUGCUGGAUGCGCUGGUGGCGCGCGAAAAGGGUGCCCGGCGUGAGACCAAGGUGCUAGGCGCGUUGCUCUUCGUCAAAGGCGCCGUGUGGAAGGCGCUCUUCGGCAAGGAGGCGGACAAGCUGGAGCAGGCCAACGAUGACGCGCGCACCUUCUACAUCAUCGAGCGCGAGCCGCUCAUCAACACCUACAUCUCCGUGCCCAAGGAGAACAGCACGCUCAACUGCGCCAGCUUCACGGCGGGCAUCGUGGAGGCGGUGCUCACACACAGCGGCUUCCCUGCCAAGGUCACGGCGCACUGGCACAAGGGCACCACGCUCAUGAUCAAGUUCGAGGAGGCAGUCAUCGCUCGAGACCGGGCCCUGGAGGGCCGCUGACCCUGCCGGAGAUAAAGGAUACAGAGAGCCCCUC